UGAAAGGAGAGUUUGAGGUCUCAUCUUGUUGGAGGAUAGUUUUUUGUCCUUUUUUGUAUAAUAAUACYGWAGAWAUGAGCUUAAAAAGAAAGGCCGAAAAYGGAAGCAAUGGYUUAUCGAUUACAGAAGCGGAAGCCGAAUUAUAUGAUCGACAAAUUCGACUUUGGGGACUUGAUGCUCAAAAGAGACUGAGAGCAUCAUGUAUUCUUGUCAUUGGGAUGAAUGGUGUUGGAGCAGAAAUUUGUAAAAACUUGAUCUUGUCUGGAGUUAAGGCACUCACCAUGCUUGACCCAAGACCAGUUACAGAAGAAGACUUUCUCAGUCAGUUUUUGAUAGCAAGAGAAGAUCUGGGCAAAAAUAGGGCAGAAGCUUCACAACAAAGAGCUAAAGAACUCAAUCCAAUGGUGCAAGUAACAGCUGAUAAUACUGAUAUUGAGUCAAAACCCAGAGAAUAUUUUGAUGAUUUUGAUGUCAUUGUCGCAACUGGUUGCACCUCAAGUACGAUAGGAAAACUGAAUGAUGUUUGCAAUGAUGGUGAUAUCAAAUUCUAUGCUGCUGAUGUAUUUGGUUUCUAUGGUUACAUGUUUGCUGAUUUAGGAAAGCAUAGAUAUGUUGAAGAACAAAAGAAAAUAGUUAAAACUACAGAUGAAGCAAAGAAGAAAAAACUUGAUGAAACAGAAACAACUGUGGUUGARAAGUUCACAGAAUUUUACAGAUUUCAAGAUGCUAUGUGUUGUAAAUUUGAUGAAAAAACACCCAUGAAGACCUUAMAAAGAGUAUCACCAGUUUAUUUCAUACUACAAGCAAUUUACAGAUUCAUGGAGACCCAUAGCCGUGUCCCUAAAACAGAAUCAGCAGAACAAGAUGCACUUGAAUUAGAGAAAAUAAAAAAUGCCUUAAUGGUUGAACUAAAGCUUGAUAAGACAGUUGUAGAUGAAGAUUUUGCCAGGUUCUGCUUGGGAACUUUAAGUCCAGUUUGUGCCAUUAUUGGUGGAGUUGCUGGCCAGGAAAUUGURAAGGCUGUUUCAGGAAAAGACAAACCUUUAAAUAACUUCUUCUUUUACGAUGGGUUAGAUGGCAGUGGUAUGGUGGAAUGCUUCAAGUGAAUUUUGAGGUAGUUAACUGAAAGUUGUAGAAAUAGGAGAUAUGAAUAAAUGUGAAAUAUUAUUAAUUGAAAAACUGAAACAAAUUGUUUUUAAUAGUCAUCWAUAGUUAAAAAAGAAAUCUUCUAUAUGUACAUUUAAUAAAUCUAUUGAUUAUUGCAAAUUGUAUCGUUGAUGAAGCUCAACCUAUUGAAAUCUAUGUGUAUGUUUUUUACGAUUGACAUGUCAGUUUGUGGYAAUGAAAUGGCAAUUCUGUUAUUGAAGAACACGAUACACUGCACUACUAGCUUGUACAUUUCGUUUUUUGCUCGUAUCUGACCUAAUUUAUGUGGAAAUUACCAAAAAAACUGAAUGCAUUGAUCAUUGACUGUGAAAUGUUGAUUUACAAAAAUGUUCUGAAAUUUAUUUUUGAUCAUUUCAUUUCGUCAACUUAUUCGUUAAAAAAAGUUACUUCCAAUUUACGUGAAAUACUGYAGCUAAAUGCAAUUUUCAAAACAGCGUACUAACUGAGAAAUUCAAGUUGCAAGCAUCGUUUWAUCUUUUCCAUAUUUCUGUAGAAUACAGGGUUAGUAUUUGUUCAUUGACUCGGGAAGUUUCAAUGCGCAAGGUGUGUUCGUUUUUUAACGGAAUUUUUUGCUAGACGUGAAUUACCAAAUAAAGUAUUUAUAUGUA